CUAAUUGUGUGUGUGAUAUAUUUAACCUAGGCCUGUCUAAAGAAGGUAUAGGCAUCACCUAGGCCUGGCUCAAGAAGGUAUAGUCAUUCACUGUAGAAGUCUCACAUUCAAAUUACCUCUGGCAGUAAUUGGAUUGAAAGAGGUUUUGCAGCAAUAAGCCUCUUACAGUAUUGCAGUUUGCACUUGUUGCUGAGCAGGCAAAGCAGAGCAGAGCAGAUCCAGGACAGUUUGACGGACACAGGGGCUAACAUCGCUUAAUAACUGCCUAUAGGAUGAGAUUUGAACUACAACCUUGGUUUGAAACGAGGAUAGCGUCGAUGGGACAUAUAUAAUCAUUUCCAGUUAGCCCUACAGGCUUUAUACCCCUGCAAGGUCAGUCAAGAUGAUGGCCGGAGAUGUUGUUGGUAUCUGGGAGGUGGCGUUAAGCGAUGGGGUUUACAGGAUUGAGUUUGAACACGGCACGGCGACAGGGAAGAGGGUUGUUUGGAUCAAUGGACAGGAGGUGCUCAGAAGAGAUUGGAUGUUCAAACUGGUUGGAAAGGAGACCUUCACAGUGGGAGGCAUGGAAACAAAAGCAACAGUAAACAUUGAGGCUAUCAGUGGCUUUACCUACGAGUACACCUUGGAGAUUGAUGGCAAGAGUCUCCAGAAGUUCAUAGAUAACAGAUCCAAAGUCACUAAGACGUGGGUGCUGCAAGUGGAUGGUGUUGACUGCAGGAUUGUCCUUGAAAAGGACACAAUGGAUGUAUGGUUCAAUGGGCAGAAAAUGGAGACCGAGGGAGAGUUUGUGGAUGACGGAACAGAGACACACUUCACGGUGGCAGACCAUGAAUGCUGCAUCAAGGCUUUGAGCAGUGGGAAGAAGAGAGCUGGCAUCGUCCAUUACUUAAUGGUGGAUGGGGAAACAGUGCCCGGCUGGACAGAUUGAAGAGGACCGCUGAACUUUUCAUGUCAGGAAUCUGAAAUGUUGGAUAUAUCCUAUGUAAAUAUAAAUGAGGAGGCAGCCUCGGGGAUGAGUGAGGGGCAUUGAACUAAGAUAUCAAUCGACUCAAGGUCUCUGUACUGUUUCUAGAUUUUUAUAGAUGGGAUCAAUAUUUCUAUGGUGGAACUAAGGAGUAUUAUCUUUCUGAUAACGAGGUUGUGUAUAAAUAAGUCAAUUAAUCAAAGGAAAUAUGUAAAUAUUUAACAUUUCAAAUCAAUCAAUAAAAU